ACCACUCAAUGUUUUCUUUCUGAAGUUGGUAGUCUGGAGGUAUGUGUCCGCUUCCAGAUGCGCUUAUCACUAAGAAAGGUGGUAAAAUAUGCCACCUUUCUCAUUUUCUUUAUGGUUCUGAACAUUUGGAUAAGUUAUAAUGUUAAUAUUUGGAGAUUCGACAACUUUGAAGACCGUGGGAAAGUUUUGCAAAACUUAAGAAGAGGACGCAGUGAGGACAAUGGCGGAGCUGCCCCGCUACCAGCAGUGACAAAAAGUGAAGGUAUCCAUAGGAAAUUAGACCCAGAUGUUUUACCACUUCAGAAAGAAGACAGUGCCGUAUUAUUAAGCAAUAAAGCCUUUAGAUUUCGACAAAAGCAGACAUUAUCUUACGAUGAAACACGUGUUGUUUUAAGGAGUAAAUCCCAAGAAUCUGAUAACAACUUGUUGCUGAGUGACAGUAACAGGUUUCGGAUAGGCGUGGGAAAAGAUGCGGCUGACACAAAUAUCAGUACACAUGUUCAGACUGAGACCAUCUCUAAGCAAUCCAGGGAUAUCAAAUCUUUCAAUACUCAAACUGAGUUGAACGACAUAUUUAUAAGUGUCAAGACCACAGCCAAAUAUCACCAAUCAAGACUCGACCUUCUUUUAAAAACUUGGUAUCUUUUAGCAAGGGAACAGAUAUACUUUUUUACUGAUGCAAAUGACAAAGAAAUGGAAAGUACUUUAGGAGAGCAUUUAAUUAACACCAACUGUUCCACAGACCAUAGUCGACGAGCACUCAGUUGUAAAAUGGCUGUAGAGUUUGAUUAUUAUUUGGCUUCAAGAAAACGAUGGUUCUGCCACAUGGAUGAUGAUGUGUACUUGAAUGUCCCAAGACUGGUUGAGAUGUUGAAAAAGUACAACUAUAAAGAAGACUGGUACCUGGGGAAGCCAAGCUUGAAGCAUCCUUUAGAGGUGGUUGACAGAGAUAACCCUGGGAUGAAAUUAACGUUUUGGUUUGCAACAGGCGGGGCUGGGUUCUGUAUCAGUCGUUCGUUGGCUCUCAAGAUGGCCCCGUAUGCUGGUGGUGGCAGAUUUGUAACUACGGCUGAGAAAGUCAGGCUCCCUGAUGACUGCACUGUAGGCUACAUCAUAGAGUACCUGCUGAAACACAAGCUGACGGUGGUGGAGGAGUUCCACUCACAUCUGGAGGCCCUGUGGCCCAUCAAGCCCAGUCAGUUAAAAAAACAGAUCACACUCAGCUUCUCUGAAUACUCUGGCAAGCAGAAUGUGAUCAACAUUCAAGGCUUUAGUGAAGUGGAUGAUCCUACAAGAUUAAAAUCUUUGCACUGUUUUUUGUUUCCAACUUUUCGUGAGUGUCGUGGACUUCCUUGACAGUCUGCCAUCAUUGGCAAGACUAGAGUGAGUAGCCCUUCUCUACUGGACUAGAGAGAGUAGCCCAAAGCCCUUCUCUACUGGACUAGAGAGACUAGCCCAAAGCCCUUCUCUACUGGACUAGAGUGAGUAGCCCUUCUCUACUGGACUAGAGUGGGUAGCCCUUCUCUACUGGACUAGAGUGAGUAGCCCUUCUCUACUGGACUAGAGAGAGUAGCCCUUCUCUACUGGACUAGAGAGAGUAGCCCUUCUCUACUGGACUAGAGAGAGUAGCCCUUCUCUACUGGACUAGAGAGAGUAGCCCUUCUCUACUGGACUAGAGUGAGUAGCCCUUCUCUACUGGACUAGAGUGAGUUGCCCUUCUCUACUGGACUAGAGAGAGUAGCCCUUCUCUACUGGACUAGAGAGAGUAGCCCUUCUCUACUGGACUAGAGAGAGUAGCCCUUCUCUACUGGACUAGAGUGAGUAGCCCUUCUCUACUGGACAUGAGUGAGUAGCCCUUCUCUACUGGACUAGAGUGAGUAGCCCUUCUCUACUGGACUAGAGUGAGUAGCCCUUCUCUACUGGACUAGAGUGGGUAGCCUAGUCUUGAUUGGCCUUACCGCACAGAAGCUGUCACUGGACACUUGGACAAGAUACAGAUAUUACUCCAGUCACUCUCAAUUAUGUCCACCUAGAAACAUUUGUUUGAAUAGACAAUGUACUUAAAGUUAGGUUCACUGGGUCCAACCUGGAGGUUUUGUGGUAGAUCUUGGCUGUUUAUUGGAUCCAACCUGGAGGUUUUGUGGUAGAUCUUGGCUGUUCAUUGGAUCCAACCUAGAGGUUUUGUGGUAGAUCUUGGCUGUUCAUUGGAUCCAACCUGGAGGUUUUGUGGUAGAUUUUGGCUGUUCACUGGGUCCAACCUGGAGGUUUUGUGGUAGAUCUUGGCUGUUUAUUGGGUCCAACCUGGAGGUUUUGUGGUAGAUCUUGGCUGUUUAUUGGGUCCAACCUGGAGGUUUUGUGGUAGAUCUUAUCCAGUAAAAAGGCUGCUAUAAAACAAUCAUUCCACAACACACAGUCAAAUAUCAACCCUCUCCUCUGAUUUGAAAGAUGCUUCAUCCAGCAGCGUGUGAAUGACAGUGUUUUGAUAACAUCUGUAGAAUGUACACAACUAUUGUAUGUAUAGAAAUCUUUGUUAAGCAGAGAAACACUUGUUGUCUACUACUCCAGACACACAACUAUUGUAUGUAUAGAAACCUUUGUUAAGCAGAAAAACACUUGUUGUCUACUAUUCCAGACACACAACUAUUGUAUGUAUAGAAACCUUUGUUAAGCGGUGAAACACUUGUCUACUAUUCCAGACACACAACUAUUGUAUGUAUAGAAACCUUUGUUAAUCAGAGAAACACUUGUUGUUUACUAUUCCAGACACACAACUAUUGUACGUAUAGAAACCUUUGUUAAGCAGUGAAACACUUGUUGUCUACUAUUCCAGACACACAACUAUUGUACGUAUAGAAACCUUUGUUAAGCAGUGAAACACUUGUUGUCUACUAUUCCAGACACACAACUAUUGUAUGUAUAGAAACCUUUGUUAAGCAGUGAAACACUUGUUGUCUACUAUUCCAGACACACAACUAUUGUAUGUAUAGAAACCUUUGUUAAGCAGUGAAACACUUGUUGUCUACUAUUCCAGACACACAACUAUUGUAUGUAUAGAAACCUUUGUUAAGCAGUGAAACACUUGUUGUCUACUAUUCCAGACAUUGUUGAAGCUUUCAUUCCUGUCAAGUAGCUGUUCAACUGGUGAACAUGUCUAGAACUCCCCAACCCAGAUUCCCCUAUCACUAGAACAAGUCAUGAUAUAUUUCCAUAGGAUCAAACUUUGUAUACAAUUGCAUUUGUUUUUCUCUAUUUGAUCUUUAUUCUACAUUGCCUACAAUUGACUUCUACAUUCAGAAUGACUGACUUUUUUGCACUGAUGGACCAAUACACUUUUUCAUUGAGGACCAAAUUUUUACCCCCCAUUUACACAUGUUUAUUUACCAUUCCUUUUUUUCUUGUAAUGUUGAGUUGAUUGCUAAAGUUGAGACAUUUUUUCUUGUAAUGUUGAGUUGAUUGCUAAAGUUAGAGACAUUUUUUCUUGUAAUGUUGAAUUGAUUGCUAAAGCUAGAGACGUAUUUGUGAUCAUAAUAGUGAAGUGGUCUUUGGUUUACUCCAAGCAUAUUGUUGACAGAUGUGCCUAUAUUUUCCUGUAACCAUCUUGACAAGUGAGUACACUUGCUAUGUCUAACAUUCGUACAUGGCCAGUCAUCUCAUACAUGACCUGCCAAGCCCAUACGUCUUUCAUUGUUAUACCGACCAGUUUAGUUUUGUAUUGAAUGUAAUAUUAAUGAUUCACUACACUGCUGACAGUUUAUUGUAAAUAAGACUUUUAUGCUUGUAUCAGAUUUUUUUAAUGAAAUUUGUUCAAUUCUUUUCAUGCAAAUAUCUGUAUUCUUCUAUGUUACUCUUACAAAUAUUACUUGUAUUUUUCUAUGCUACUUUACAAAUAUUACUUGUAUUUUUCUAUGCUACUCAUACAAAUUUGUAAAGUUUUUGUUACUCUUACAAAUAUGUCUUGUUUUUUUCUAUGUUACUCAAAGGUUGUCCCGAUUUCUUGUAUUUAUAAAAAUGCGAUCAUAUUGAUACUAACUUAGUGACCCUCACCCAAAAAUUGUUCUGGCAUAAAAUACCUUUACACAAUAGUGUAUUGUCAUUUUUCUACACAAACUUUUACUCUUAGUAUGACUCUAUUUUUGUUAUUUGCUGUGCACAAAUUUGUGUAUGUUUAUGUUACUAUCUCUCCUUCCACCAAAUUGGCUUGAUGUGCACUGAAGGUCUUGAAGAAAACUGUCGCUGUUUUGUGUUGAACUAGGUGAUCUGUCUGUGGAAACAGAAAAUUACAUAGCUUCACAAAGAAAUCCAUGCGACCUGAUAUUAUCUAAGGUAGUUCUUCUUGAGCGGACAUCUCUCAUGACUAAACAUGUUUGUUUACCUAAUGAACCAUUCAUGUCCCUUACAGAAAUCACAUGAUAUAAUCUAUUAUUUCUGCUCCUUUGUAGCCUGAGUUAUGUAAACAUUCAGCUCACUUGACCAUAUAGUCAUUGCUGCUGCUAAGUUAUCUCCCCUCUCGUUUUUUUUUUUUUUUUUUGAGAAAUUAAUUUUUUUUUUACCAAUUUAAUAUCAUCAUAAUCAAAAUGUAUUGAUACGGAAAGUUUGAGAAUGAUUGCUGUAUUGGGUCACAAUUGAGUCUAAAAAUUUGACCACAAACCUGACCACAGACUGAUGUCGAUUUGACCUAAGUAAGAGAAUGUAAAAAUUAAAACAGACAACCAUUAGAGAACUUUGUUUCCAUAAUAUGCAAAGCAUAAUGUCACAUGUGAGUGAAACAGGUCCAAUCAUGGUUUGAAAAUGACUCUUGCCACUUUGUGUGUGCUUUUUUUAGUAAUGGAAAUGGAAGGGGGGGGGGUCUGUGCUUGCCCACUAGCCUAGGUGGGCCUGUUGGAAAGCAUUCCUUUCUGUUUAGAGUAACUUACAAUAUUCCUUUGGCCUAGAUCAGCCUAUGUGAGUAACUUAAAAUAUUCCUUUGGCCUAGAUCAGCCUAUGUGGCAACACUGUACUUGCCCUGCUCAAGUGUUGAAGUACAGAUUUGAUCAUAUUCCCACCAGAAAAAGAUGUCAUCCUCCCUUUAUCAUCUAAAUAGGAUGAACACAUGAUGUUCUACAUUAAUCUUUCCAGUUGGGUGUACAAAAAUAAACCCCUCAACUCUAUUGACUGUAUAUUUUUUUAUGUGAAACAUUUUUAUAUACUAUUUACUCUGUGCCUUUUCAGAUGUCCAGAAAGUAGGUGUGACUAACAUAUUUCAUAUAAAAUGUUUUACUUAGGCUGUAGAACAAUACUUUUUUCUAACAUGUAUUUUAAACAUACACCUCACGUAUAUUCAACAGACACCUCACGUAUUUUAAACAGACACCUCACGUAAUUUCAACAGACGCCUCAUGUAUUUUAAACAGACACCUCACGUAAUUUCAACAGACGCCUCACGUAAUUUCAACAGACGCCUCACGUAUUUUAAACAGACACCUCACGUAUUUUAAAAAGACACCUGAGAAAUUAUUUUUCAAGCUACUGGUUAAGUUUUAUGUUGAAUGCUGUAAAUAUGUACCUAGACAUAAAUAAAGGAAUUUUUCAUGUCCGACUCAUUUACUAAUGUGCUUAAUUCUUUUUUACCUAGAGGAUUAUAAUUAUAAAGAUAUAAAUAAUGAUUUUUUUCAGUAGAACAAAUCAUCACUUUAUUUAAAAAAAUAAUGUAAGAAUUUUUUCUUCCUGCAAACAUGACAAGCUGCCAGAAUAUCAAAAGUUUCUCUUCACUAAUUGACCUCAUCCAAUAGCAGGGAAAACAAUAAAGAAUGGUGUUUGAUUCUUCUUUUAAAGUAGUUUCUUAAGUUAAAUUUACUUUUUUUCAAAAACUAAUGUCCUCUUUAGAACAAAAAAAGCAAAAUGUGAUAAGUGGUAGCUAAGUUUGAUAAAGAUGAGUAAACCUCUGGUAAAUAAAUUCCACAAACUGGUUGAAAUGCCUUCUUUGAAAGUUCUUGGAAAAUAAGUUGUCCAUGUUUAGGUCAGUAUUAACUUUGAUCAAAACUUUAUUUUAUAUGCAUGCCCAUAACAUCAUAGAAAUCAGAUGUAGAUAAAUCAGUGUUUUUAUUGAAUGAUUCAUUUUGUGAUUUCACAUUGUUUCCAUGAAAUUAUAAUGCUGUGAAAUUUCAAACAACGAGUCUUAUGUUUAUUGUUGAUGCUGUGGUUUACUUUGAAGAGGUCCUCGGGAAAGUUAAGUGAAAUCAAUCCUUUUUAUGAUUUUUAUAGUAGGACUUCAUAUUUAACUAUGUUACAAUUUAUAACUUUUUUUUACUAAAAUUUAUUUGCAUUCUCUUUUAUUAGUAGAUUUAUCCAUUACUAAUUGGUCUACUUUUCAAAUGCUACAAUAAUAGUUGAUCUGCUGAUCUCAUACAUUUAUUUCAAUUAAGACAAACAAUCAUACAUACAUACAUUUAUAUAUAUGUAACUGAUAUAUACUCUCACAUCCUAUCACUAUAUUUUGCUUCUAUUUAUAGGCAUACAUAUUUUUAGAAAGAAAAAAAAAACAUGUGAUGAUAAUAUUAAUAAGAUUAACUUUGUAGUGAGUAAUUGAAAAUAAAAUAAUUUU